GCAAUCCAGAGCGGCUCCCCGGGUUGAGGUUCCCCGUCCAGUCCAGCUGGGGUCCCUCAAGUCGGAGAAUGAGGGCCAGGAUCCAGGGAUCCGCCUGGUGCCUGCUGGUGGGGGUGGCUGGGGUCGACCCAAGGAGGAUGUCAUUGAGGAAGAGGAGGUGGAGUCCCAACAGCAGAACCCACGGCUGGGCAACUUGACUUCCCAACCUGCGCAGCUGCGCCCCACUGCUUGGGGCAGGAGCAGCUUGUCAGCACAAGCUGGCCCAAGGCCUGCACCUUGGGCACAGCCACCUCCAGGAAAAGUGGUGCCAGAGCCUGUGCCCAUGGAGAGGAAGGAAGAAUUCCCUUCCUUGGGAUCUGAACCUCCAAAGGGACGGAGAGCCUCUGGCUCGGGCCCUUCUAUUCCACCGGCUCCUGCCCACAUCUCAACGGCCCUUGGAAAUCUGGCAUUGUCAGUGAUAGCCUGCCUCUUGAACAUCAGAUCGCUGCUUGCAGCUUGCGUUUUGGAUUUUGCUGUUUGA